UUACAAUUCACACUCACUCUAAGUGAUGGCUGCUAGUUGUAAAAAGGUUUUCCUUUUGCGCUCAGCUGUGCUCAUCCUUAUCGUUUGUUCAAAUUUGGUGCAUACUAUUCAGGUUAUGUACGAAUCGUUUGAACAAAUCAACAAUACCGACACUGCCGAGUUUUUGGGCCGCGUCAAAAAGGUGAAUCGAACAACUGCGGCGCUCAACGGAGAGUUGAUUAUUAAGAAGGCCUUGAACAAUGAUUAUAAGAUAAAGUUGGAUUUUUGGCACAGUCCGUUGGGAAACCAGCAGUUCAAUUACUAUCCAAUGAAGAUUCCGCCAACGGGAAUGUGUGACUUUUCCAAAGGUUUAUGGCAAACUUAUGAACAGUUCUACAGGGACUACGUCACCAAUAAUCUCCGCGUUGGGGAGUGUCCGAUGGAACCGAGAACCAUUCAAAUUACCAACCACCUGUUGGAUUCUUAAAUGUUUAGCGAAUACACCCCAAACGGAUUGUGGAAAGUGCACGUAAUUGUUCAAACGGACGAAGGUGAUGGAUUUUACUUGGUGUGGCAAAUGAGAGUUUACAGCAAUGGACACUUUUGAAGAACUUAUACAAUAAAGAGACAUAUUUCAAUGGGGACCAAGUCACUUCUCGCUCAUUAAACAUUAGCCACCCGCGAUGCCGCGUUG